AUGGAGCACGCCAAAGAUGAAUACCGUCUCUCGUAUGUCCGAAUGGAUGACCCACUGGAACACCAGGCGCAGCGUCAACCGUUGUCCGCAUCCGAUCAGGCUGUUCUUGCCCAAGGGUCAGGAUCCCUAGGGUCAAGUUGGAUAUGGGAGAUUAUGAGCUGUGUGGUGGCCGUGGCAUCGCUUGUCGGCAUUAUCGUGGUGCUGUAUGUGUACGAUGGGAAACCUAUGCCGGAUUGGCCGUACGGUAUCACCUUGAACGCAGUUAUCUCUCUUUUAACCACGCUCAUGAAGGCUGCCAUGGCGUUCCCAAUCACCGAGGCCUUGUCUCAACUUAAAUGGUCGUGGUUUAGUCGAGGAAAUAAGCUGAGUGACUUGGCAUUGUUAGAUGCUGCGAGUCGGGGGCCUUUCGGGGCUGCUCUGGUGCUGCUUCGGUUUAUACCUCGGUCCAGCGCUGAACGGGGAAAAAACAGAUACUUGGUGACGGUGGGAUGCCUUGUUCUCGUCGUCGCGGCAGCCAUUGCCCCGUUCGUCCAACAAGUGAUUGCAAUCAAUAUGCGGCCAGUUCACUCUUCCAACUCGUCUUCGAUUCAAAUCUGCAACACCAGUAUGUACACCGACUACGGCGAGGGAGCUGGUCCAGGGCAAAAUGAAGUGCUACUCCCUACCCUGGCGUCUAUUUACACGGGAAUCUUCCAAGACCAGAGCGCCAGCAGUCCUUCGGUGAUGACAACUUGUCCGACCGGGAAUUGCACCUUUGUUCCCUACCAGUCUCUGGGAUUCUGCAGUCGCUGCGCCAACAUUACCGAUCAGCUUACACUGAACAAAACCACCCUAGGGUUUAGUACGAUAGAGACCUAUGACUAUCAGUUACCGAAUGGGUUCAGCUUCAGCACGUCACAAACGGGGAUGUACCUCAUGAAUUCAACAAACGGCCUUCCCCUCCUUCAAAUCGAUACCAAAAACUUGCCACUCAUCAUGAAUUUCACGGCUAUCAGUGCUUCCGGCUAUGGAGUACCACCCCAAGUCAGCGCAACUGAAUGUGCUUUGUACUUCUGUAUUGACACAUACGAAGCAACCGUCAAGGAUGGCAAGUUCAGCGAGCGAAUAACGUCCUCCGCUACCUUCACUAACCUAACAGCCGACGCUGUCCUGGAGAACUUUGCCCUAACUCCGGACAUCUGCUACGUGAACGGGACGCAGCACGACGACAAAAGCGAAUGCACCUAUUCAGUCAACGUAUUCAGUCGACUGGCAAUGGCUAACUCCCUGACCCCACUUCUGAACGGGACAGGACAAUUAAUCAUGUCCAAUCGACGAUAUUGGUCCACCGACACGGCUAAAGCUCUCUAUGGAGUCCAAGGCAACUUCACCGAUAUUAGUACUGUCUUCACGUCUCUCGCCACUUCACUUACAACACAUGCCCGGAAUCAAGUCUGCAAAGCCUCGGUCAAGGGCAUGACAUGGACUGUGGAGUCCUUCGUCAGCGUUCGCUGGCUGUGGAUGACUCUUCCCAUUGCCCUCGUUGGAAUGACGAUCGUCUUUUUGAUCGUGACCAUGAUCAAGACCCGGAACCAAUACAUUUGGAAAUCAUCGCCCCUGGCUCUUUUAUUCUCGGAUUUGGCUGUGGAUGGGCAGCAUACCUUCGAGCGGAAUCCCAGUCUCAGUGGUAUGGAAGAUGUAUCGAAGAAGAUGAAGGUUUGGCUGGAGAUCACACAAGCAGGCGUGAAGCUCAAGGGUAUUCCCCGGUAG